GUUGCCCUGCACUAGGGCAGAGCUUAAGCACUCCGUCCUCCAGCCACUUCCAGAGCCGUGCGGUCUACUCAAGCCCUGGACAAGGCGUCCCAGGGCGGGGAGGAGGACGUAGGGACCUGGCGAUGGCUUCGCGGGGACUCCCGGGGUCUGCCGUCCUCACCGCUGCUGUCUUUGUGGGAGGCGCCGUGAGUUUGCCGCUCGUGGCUCCGGACCAUGGUGGCAGCCGCACACUGCACUCCAGAGCAGAGACGACAGCGUCGCCCACGGACAACACUAAGAGCGGACACCCCGAGUAUAUUGCGUAUGCGCUUGUCCCUGUGUUCUUCAUCAUGGGUCUCUUUGGUGUCCUCAUCUGCCACCUGCUUAAGAAGAAAGGCUAUCGUUGCACGACAGAAGCCGAGCAAGAUGUGGAAGAGGAAAAAGUUGAGAAGAUAGAGUUGAAUGACAGCAUAAAUGAAAACAGCGACACCGUUGGGCAAAUUGUCCACUACAUCAUGAAAAAUGAAGCAAAUGCCGAUGUUUUAAAGGCAAUGGUAGCAGAUAACACCGUGUCUGACCCUGAAAGCCCUGUGACCCCCAGCACUCCUGGGAGCCCACCUGUGAGCCCUGGGCCCUUGUCACCAGGUGGCACCCCAGGGAAGCACAUCUGUGGCCACCAUCUGCACACAGUCGGCGGUCCUGUCGAGAGGGACGUGUGUAGUCGGUGUAGGCACAAGCGGUGGCACUUCAUAAAACCUGCCAACAAGUCCAAAGAAGGCCGCCCAAGGCGUCAAGGGGAGGUCACCGUCCUCUCUGUGGGCAGGUUCAGAGUUACAAAAGUGGAGCACAAGUCAAACCAAAAGGAGCGGAGGAGUUUGAUGUCGAUGAGUGGGACCGAAAGCCUUAAUGGGGAGGUGCCAGCGACACCUGUGAAGAGAGAUCGGAGCGGCACAGAGGAGUAGGAAUGACUGCAUUUGAAGAGUUCUAAAAGACUGAAAACGUAACGAGAGAUGAAGUUGCCCAAGAAAUAUUUUUUAUCUUUUACAUGACUGCUAUUCUGGAGUCUGCAGGCCUACGGAAAAAGCUGAAAGGAAAUCUUUUUGCUCUGCUGGAUACAGAAUUCAGCUGGCGUUGAAACAAGUUUUGGUUUAAAAAAAAAACCUGACAAAAAUUUAUUAUAUGUCCAGGGAAGAGAAGAACUGAUUUUUUAUCUUCCCAGCUACUUUCAGCCACUGCCCCUCCCAGUCCCCCACCCCUGGCCUUCGUGUGUACCGUUCUUCCAGAAUGAUCACUGUGUACAGUGGAAUUACUUGUGUACAGUCUGAGCUGAUGCUCUCUCUGUGUGUGAGAGUACACGUGUGUGUGUGUGUGUGUGUGUGUGUAAGUGCUUCUGUUCCCACAACCCUUACUUCCAAUUUUACACUGGUUGUAAGAAGAUCUACAGUUUAACUGUUACAAAAGAUAAAGAUGACUCUUGGGUGGUGGAAGGUCCUUGAAGAUAACCCAGUCUAGCCCUGAGACACUGACCUCGCCAGAGGUCACAGAGUCAGACGGAACUAGCUGGUGGACCAAGGACUCACCAUGCCGUUCUCUUAGGUCACGUAUAAAAUAUUGAGAGUUCUUUUUUUUUUUUUACUUGAGCUAAGCAAUUCUUGUUUAGUCCACUCAAGAAAGGGGAAAAUAAGUUAAAGUUACAAAACCAAAAAACCUCCACUGUCCUGGCAGGUGGGCCCGCCCCUCCCUCUGGCUUCUUUUCCCUGGUGCACUUGCUGUUUUGCAGCUUGUAACUAAUGCUUGUCAUUUACAAGAACCUUGGUGGUUACUUCCCCUCUGGGCUUGGAAAACCCUACUUUUUUUUUUUUGCCUUAGAGUUUAUGAAACUCCUGACAGAAUGCAGGGGACAUUGGUGGCCGGUCUGGGCCGCAGGCUGGGAGGGCCCGCGUGCAGGGAGAUCUCCGAGACCUGCCUGCUUGACACUCCUUUUAUUUCAGAGAGGGAAGGCACAUUUCUCGUUUGGCUCCAGGAAGGUGAUUUCCAUGAAAACGUAUCUGAAAGUAGUAUUUACUGGACAUAUGCUCAUUCCAUUCUGUUUCUGGCAUCAAACUAAAAGUUCCUAACCUUUUACAGGAAUGGGAGGUUUAGUUCAUGUUUGCACAGGGGACUAGAGGAGGUCAGUAUGGACACAAAUAUCACUGAGGUCCAAGAAGUAGCAAUGUAGGAAUUUGGGGGAUGUGAAUUAAUGUAAAUAAUAUAUGUGCGGUCUAGACCAAUAUUUUCAGUUUUAAAAGAAGAACACUUAUUUUGUUGUUUAAAGAGUAUGCCCUCAAAAUGGUGAGGGAUAACAUGUAAGAUAUUCUUCAGCUUUAAGUAUUUUUUAACUUUAUUCAGGUCAGAGAACUUUUUUAAUAGCAAUACAACAGGCAAGAGAAUACCCAAAAAUAUUUAAAGUUGUAUAUAUGCCAGUAGUAUGUUUUAAAUAUUUUCUAAUACUUGAGCAGUUUUUGUCUGUCUUCCAAAUAUGCCAAAUGUUAAGCAUUCAAUAUUUUCAACACAUCAGCUUUCUACUGGUUUCUAUGACCUAAUAAAUACUCCCAAGUGUUCCCAAAGCAACCGAUGUUUACAGGCCUGGUGUUUUCCCUCCUCCCCCCCACCAGGGGUCGGGCCCCGCCCCCGCAGGUGCGCUCGCCCGAACACUAACGUGGACUGACCCCGGGGGUCGAGAAUGAGCUGGCUGACACCUGGAUGUAAAAAUUUGUAAAGGAAAAUUUUCACCCUUUUGAGUGUGAAGUGUAUUUUUAACUGUCUGGUUUGUACUUUUACGACUUUUGUACUACCAAAGCAGAGUUAAAAAUAAAAACGUCAAAUGCA